CUGCCUGACCCAGCAUCUCUCAGCUACAGGUAGUUCCAGACCAACAGUCCCACAUAUACACAUAUAGAAAGUCUUAGGAGGGUGCAGGAACAUGCAGAAUGUGUAGACAAGUGUAUUGUUUUCCAGGCUGUUGAAGUUUAUUCCUGCUUUUCUUCUGCUUCUUCAAACUGAGCUGAGCCUGUGGACUUGCCUGAAGGGUUGGGAGGAAGAAAGGAGGAGAAGUGAAGAAAGAAAAGGUGAAUUCCUCAAUCUCUGAAAGGAUCUUCACAUGGUGACCUCUAAUGUCAAGAAGUAAACCAGAAACAUGGUCAUUCUGCAACAGGGAGACUAUGUCUGGUUGGAUCCCAAGAGAGGCCAUGAGUUUGACGUUCCACUUGGAGCUGUGGUCAAGCUCUGUGACUCGGGCCAGAUCCUGGUUGUGGAUGAUGAGGGCCAUGAGCACUGGAUCUCCCCUCAGAAUGCCACUAACAUAAAGCCCAUGCACCCCGCCUCCAUCCAUGGCGUGGAGGACAUGAUUCAGCUGGGGGACCUGAAUGAGGAGGGCAUCCUCAGAAACCUCUUCAUCCGCUACAAUGAGAGGGUCAUAUAUACAUACACAGGGUCAAUCCUGGUGGCAGUAAACCCCUACCAGCUGCUGCCCAUCUACACAGCAGACCACAUUCGCCUUUAUACUAAUAAGAAGAUUGGAGAAAUGCCUCCGCACAUCUUUGGCAUUGCUGAUAACUGCUACUUUAACAUGCAGAGGAACAACAAGGACCAGUGCUGCAUCAUCAGUGGCGAGUCUGGAGCAGGGAAGACUGAGAGCACCAAGCUGAUCUUGCAGUUUCUGGCUGCUAUUAGCGGACAGCACUCCUGGAUCGAGCAGCAGGUUCUGGAGGCCAAUCCUAUUUUAGAAGCGUUUGGCAAUGCUAAGACAAUACGGAAUGACAACUCCAGCCGAUUUGGGAAAUACAUUGAUAUUCACUUCAACAAGAGGGGGGCUAUUGAGGGGGCAAAGAUAGAGCAGUACCUGCUGGAGAAGUCAAGAGUUUGCAGACAGGCUCCAGAUGAGAGAAACUACCACAUAUUUUACUGCAUGCUGAAGGGCAUGAGCCCAGACCAGAAGACUAAACUUGGACUCGGCCUGGCUACAGACUACAACUACCUAACCAUGGGGAACUGUACAGUGUGUGACGGGCGGGAUGAUAUGAAGGAGUACUCGAGCAUCCUGUCAGCCAUGAAGGUCCUGAUGUUCACAGACACAGAGAACUGGGAGAUCUCCAAACUGCUGGCUGCCGUCCUGCACAUGGGCAACCUGCGCUUUGAGGCCCGCACAUUUAAAAACCUGGAUGCCUGUGUAGUGGUGCGUUCUCCUGACCUGACUAAAGCAGCAGCUCUGCUGGAGGUGGACCAUCAAGAUGUCAUGAGCUGUUUGACCACUCGUACCCUCAUCACUCGAGGGGAGAGUGUGUCCACCCCUCUGAGUGUGGAUCAGGGGCUUGAUGUUCGGGAUGCUUUCGUCAAGGGGAUAUAUGGGAGGUUGUUUGUGUGGAUAGUGGACAAAAUCAACGCUGCAAUCUUCAGGGCCCCGUCCUCUGAGGACAAUACUAUCCGCAGGUCCGUUGGGCUGCUUGACAUCUUUGGCUUUGAGAAUUUCAACAUCAACAGCUUUGAGCAGCUCUGCAUCAACUUUGCCAAUGAGAACUUGCAGCAGUUCUUUGUGCGGCACGUCUUCAAGCUGGAGCAGGAAGAGUACAACCUGGAGGGCAUCAACUGGCAGCACAUCGAGUUCACUGACAACCAGGAGGCCCUGGACAUGAUCGCCAUCAAACCUAUGAACAUAAUCUCUCUGAUCGACGAGGAGAGCAAGUUCCCCAAGGGAACUGAUGCCACCAUGCUGAGCAAACUGAACUCCCAGCACAAGCUCAACAUCAACUACAUCCCCUCUAAGCACAGUCAUGAGACCUAUUUUGGCAUUCAGCACUUUGCUGGUGUGGUCCACUAUGAAACUAAAGGUUUUCUAGAGAAGAACAGAGACAGCCUCCACAGUGACAUCAUCCAGCUGGUGCAUUCUUCCAAAAACAAGUUCAUCAAGCAGAUCUUUCAGGCUGACGUCGCUAUGGGUGUGGAGACUAGAAAGCGCUCUCCGACUCUGAGCAGUCAGUUCAAGCGUUCGCUGGAGCUGCUCAUGCAGACUCUGAGUGUGUGUCAGCCUUUCUUCGUGCGCUGCAUCAAACCCAACGAGCUCAAGAAGCCAAUGUUAUUUGAUCGAGGACUGUGCGUACGGCAGUUGCGGUACUCUGGGAUGAUGGAGACCAUUCGGAUCCGCCGGGCUGGAUACCCUAUUCGCUACACCUUCGCUGAAUUUGUGGACCGUUACCGGGUCCUCAUGCCUGGUGUCAAACCAGCCCAUUUACAAGAGAAUCUGCGGGGGACAUGCCAAAGGAUAGUGACAUCAGUCCUGGGGCGAAAUGAUGACUGGCAGAUAGGGAAGACAAAGAUCUUCCUCAAGGAUCACCAUGACAUGCAGCUGGAGAUUGAGAGGGACAAGACCAUCACAGACAAGGUCAUCCUGAUCCAGAAAGCAGUGCGUGGAAUGAAAGACAGAGCCAACUUCCUGAAGGCUAAGAGAGCGGUGACACUGAUCCAGACAAUGUGGAGGGGCUAUAUCUGUAGAAAGAACUAUAGAGUGAUGCGUGCAGGUUUCUUGAGGCUGCAGGCCCUGUGCCGCUCCCGGAAGCAUUACUUGGUGUACCGAGAUGCCAGGACACGCAUCAUUCUGCUGCAGGGUCGUUGCCGUGGUUUCCUGGUCAGACGGACGUUCUGGAAACGCUUAAAUGCCAUUCGCACAAUCCAGGCCUAUGCUCGCGGCAUGAUCGCACGCAGACUCUGCAAGCGCCUCAGAUUAGAGAGGGAGCACAGGCUGGAGGCUGAGCGUCAGCGUCUGGCUGAAGAGGAGAGGUUGAGGAAUCUGAUGACGGCACGGCGUGCGCGGGCUGAGGCUGAGAGGAAGCAUCAGGAGCGACUGGCCCAGCUGGCCCGUGAGCGGGAGGAGAGAGAGAUGGCCGAACGAGAGGAGGCACGCAGGAAGAAGGAGUUGCUGGAGCAGAUGGAGCAGGCCAGGCAGGAACCUGUCAGCGUUUCGGAGAUGGUGGACAAGAUGUUCGGCUUUCUGGGCAACUCUACAUCCCUGCCCAACCUUGAGGGAGAAGCACCUGCAGGAUUUGAGGACCUAGAGCAGGUUUCUAAGGACUAUGAAGAAGACAGCAUUGAUGAGGCUCUUCCUCUUCCUGAAGAGGAACAAGAGGAUCUGUCAGAGUACAAGUUUGCAAAGUUUGCUGCUACCUACUUCCAGGGAAAUACAACACACACAUAUGUGCGCCGGCCACUUAAACAGCCUCUGCUUUUCCAUGAAGAUGAAGGUGACCAGCUGGCUGCUCUGGCUGUAUGGGUGACUGUUCUGAGGUUUAUGGGAGAUCUGCCAGAGCCCAAAUAUCAGAUCAGUGUCAGUGAUGGCAGUGAGAAGAUCCCAGUCAUGACCAAGAUCUAUGAGACACUGGGCAAGAGAACCUACAAGAGAGAGCUGCAGGCCCUGCAGGGGGAGGAGGAGAGCUCCAUCAUUGACAGCCAAAAGAGGAACAGCGUCAGGCAUAAACUGGUUUCUCUCACUCUGAAGAAGAAGACAAAGAUUACAGAGGAGGUGACCAGACGGCUGACUGAUGGUGAAUACAGUAUACAGGGGAACAGCAUGCUGGAGGACCGGCCCACUUCCAACCUUGAGAAACUCCACUUCAUCAUUGGCAAUGGCAUCCUACGGCCUGCCCUGAGAGAUGAGAUUUACUGUCAGAUCUGUAAGCAGCUGACUCAGAACCCGUCCAAAAGCAGCCACGCCCGAGGCUGGAUCUUGCUCUCACUCUGCGUGGGCUGCUUUGCACCAUCGGAGAAAUUUGUCAAAUAUCUGCGGGCGUUCAUCAACGUUGGGCCUCCAGGCUACGCCCCGUACUGUGAGGAAAGACUGAGACGCACUUUUGCGAACAAGACAAGAACUCAGCCUCCCUCCUGGCUCGAGCUACAGGCCACUAAAUCCAAGAAGCCCAUCAUGCUGCCAGUGACCUUCAUGGAUGGCACCACUAAGACCCUGCUGACUGAUUCAGCCACCACAGCUAAAGAGCUCUGUAAUGCUCUGGCAGACAAGAUUGGCCUAAAGGACCGCUUUGGCUUCUCCCUGUACAUUGCUCUUUUUGAUAAGGUAUCAUCCCUGGGCAGUGGAAAGGACCAUGUGAUGGAUGCAGUGUCACAGUGUGAGCAGUAUGCCAAAGAGCAAGGGGCUCAGGAGCGUAACGCCCCCUGGAGGCUGUUCUUCAGGAAGGAAAUCUUCACACCGUGGCACAACCCUUCUGAUGACAGUGUAGCUACUAACCUCAUCUACCAGCAAAUUGUCCGUGGUGUCAAGUUUGGGGAGUACCGCUGUGAUAGGGAGGAGGACUUGGCUGAGCUGGCCUCUCAGCAGUAUUAUGUGGAGUAUGGUGUGGACAUUCUGCAGGACCGUCUGCUUAGCCUCAUCCCCUCCUACAUCCCAGACCGAGAGAUCAGCUCAUCCAGAACCAUGGACAAGUGGGCCCAGGUCAUCAUAGCAACUCACAAAAAGGGAAUAUACACACAGAAGCGGUUCGACCCACAGAGAGUGAAGGAGGAAGUGGUGGAUUUUGCUCGGUUCAAGUGGCCUUUGCUUUUCUCACGCUUCUAUGAGGCCUUCAAAUUCUCAGGGCCCAGUCUGCCAAAGAAUGAUGUGAUAGUAGCAGUGAACUGGACUGGAGUUUACUUUGUGGAUGAACAAGAGCAGGUUCUUCUGGAACUUUCCUUUCCUGAAAUAACUGCAGUAUCCAGCAGCAGGGGAGGCAAGCUCCAGGGUCAGAGUUUCACUCUGGCCACCAUUAAAGGAGACGAAUACACUUUCACCUCCAACAAUGCUGAAGACAUUCGAGAGCUGGUCGUCACCUUCUUAGAUGGCCUUCGUAAAAGAUCAAAGUUUGUGGUGGCCCUUGUGGACAGCCAUAAUACUGCUGGGCAUGACUCCUCGUUCCUGAGUUUCUCAAAGGGAGAUUUGAUCCUGCUGGACGAACACACAGGAGACCACGUGCUGACCUCUGGCUGGGCCCAUGGAGUCAAUGACAGGACCAAAAAGAGAGGAGCCUUCCCUGCAGACAGUGUCUAUGUGCUGCCCACUGUCACCAGACCACAGUAUGAUAUUGUGGCAUUGGUAACUAUGUCUCCAGACCAGAGGAAGGACUCCAUAAGUUUAUCACAGCUGAACAUGAUGGAGAGUGAGGAGAAAGUGAAGCCCUACACUUUGGAGGAGUUCUCUUACGAUCACUUCAGACCUCCUCCUAAGAGCACUCUGAGCCGUGUGAUGAUUACUAAAGGCAGAGGGAAGGAUAAGCUCUGGUGCUGCUCCAGAGAACCUCUCAAGCAGCCUCUGCUGAAGAAGGUCCUUAACCAUGAGGAGCUCUCUCAGGACGCCUGCCUGGCCUUCAUCGCUAUCAUGAAGUAUAUGGGUGACUAUCCCUCUAAGAGAACUCGAUCCGUUAAUGAACUCACUGAUCAGAUCUUUGAGGGAGCUCUGAAGGCCGAACCACUGAAGGAUGAGAUCUUCUGCCAGAUCAUGAAGCAACUCACUGAAAACCAUGUGAAGUACAGUGAGGAGAAAGGCUGGGAGCUGCUGUGGCUUUGCACUGGCCUCUUCCCUCCCAGUAACAACCUCUUGCCUCAUGUGCAGAAGUUUCUGCAGUCCAGGAAGCACCACCCGCUGGCACCGGACUGCAUGCAGAGAUUGCAGAAAGCCUUGAGAAAUGGCUCGAGGAAGUAUCCUCCUCACCUGGUGGAAGUGGAAGCCAUCCAACACAAAACCACACAGAUCUUUCACAAAGUUUACUUCCCUGAUGACACAGAUGAGGCUUUUGAAGUGGAGUCAAGCACAAAGGCCAAAGACUUCUGUCUGAACAUUUCUGGCAGAAUGCGGCUCAAAUCAUCCGAGGGGUUCAGCCUGUUUGUCAAGAUUUCUGACAAGGUCAUCAGUGUGCCAGAUGGAGAUUUCUUUUUUGACUUUGUAAGACACCUCACUGAUUGGAUCAAAAAAGCCAGACCUGUAAAGGAUGGAAUAGUGCCUUCGCUGACAUAUCAGGUGUAUUUCAUGAAGAAACUGUGGACCAACACUGUGCCAGGCAAAGACUCAAUGGCUGACUCUAUCUUUCACUACCACCAGGAGCUUCCUAAAUAUCUGCGUGGUUACCACAAGUGCACUCCUGAGGAAGUCUUCCAGCUGGCAGCUCUGAUUUACCGAGUGAAGUUUGAAGAGGACAAAUCCCAGUUCAUCAACAUCUCUAAGAUGCUGAAAGAGCUGGUCCCUCAAGAUCAGAUCAGACAGCUCUCUCCUGAUGACUGGAAACGGUCCAUUGUGGCAUGCUUCAACAAACAUGCAGGGAAAACUCAAGAAGAAGCCAAACUCAUGUUCCUGAAAAUCGUUUACAAGUGGCCCACAUUUGGAUCUGCCUUUUUUGAAGUCAAACAAGCAACAGAUCCAAAUUUUCCAGAGAUCCUGUUGAUCGCUAUAAACAAGCAUGGUGUUAGUCUCAUCGACCCAAAAACAAAGGACAUCUUAAUGACGCAUCCCUUCACCAAAAUCUCUAACUGGAGCAGUGGGAACACAUAUUUCCACAUCACAAUCGGCAACCUGGUGAGGGGCAGCAAGCUGCUCUGUGAGACGUCACUGGGCUACAAAAUGGAUGACCUCCUGACCUCCUACAUCAGUCAGAUGUUGACCACAAUGACGAAACAGCGCAGUUCUCGUGGAAAUAGCAAGUAAUGCAGCAGUGCGAGGACCAAGACUGUUGGUUAUGCAUGAACAAAUAUAUACAUUCUGUUCACUGAACAAAUGACAAGCCUUUUUCUGUCUAAUCCAUUACACUGAAAACAUUUUUGACUUAACUGCUCUUUUUAUGUCAUUUCAGAGCCUUAAUUUUAAACUUUAUAGCGAUGCUGGGACUCCCUCAACGUCAG